CUUUGCAGCCUUAGAAGAAGAAAGAGAGAGAGGUGGCGUUAAGGCACAUAAGCUUUAAAUGCGAGUUGGUUGAUAGUAGUUUCUUUCAAUCUUCUCUUAUGGACUAAGCAUUGUGAAAGAGCGCGUAUUUUAUUCUCAUUGUUCUUCUUAGUAUUAUUGUUAUGAUAUAUUAUUAACUCCUCCUUAAACCCAAAUCUCGUGACAUCACAGACCGUGCCCCCUUUGCUUAUUUCAUUUGUGGGUUUCCGAUUAAUCUCAAAUUCGUGCAAUUUGUGAGAUACCCAGAUGGAUUUUGUGCCAAAUCCGUGUCCUUUGCGUUCAUUUGCGUUUGGGAAUCUCCUUGAGAGGGUUAAGCAGCUUGGCACCCUCGCCGUUUCUGUUGUCAUUGGCAACAUCUUCUCCGCGAUCUUGACUUUCUGCUUUGCAUUUGUGGGCACUUUGUUGGGGGCUUUGACAGGAGCUUUGAUAGGCCAAGAAACUGAGAGUGGCUUCAUUCGAGGUGCUGCUGUUGGUGCCAUAUCAGGAGCUGUUUUUUCCAUUGAGGUGUUUGAAUCCUCUCUUGUUCUUUGGCAAUCUGAUGAAUCUGGGAUUGGGUGUCUCUUAUAUUUGAUUGAUGUUAUUGCUAGCUUACUGAGUGGGAGACUUGUGCGCGAGAGGAUUGGUCCAGCCAUGUUGAGUGCUGUCCAAAGUCAGGUAAUUUGCUUUUGUACAAAUUCUGAUCAGAUGGGUGCUGUUGAAACCAGCUUUGAUGAGGUUCAAAACAUCUUUGACACUGGUGGUGCCAAAGGUUUGUCUGGAGAUUUGGUUGAAAAAAUCCCAAAGACCAAAAUUACGAAGGACAACAAUGUUGAUGCUUCCGGUGAUAGGGUUUCUUGUUCAGUUUGCCUGCAGGACUUUCAGCUUGAGGAGACAGUUAGAAGCUUACCUCAUUGCCAUCACAUGUUUCACUUACCUUGCAUAGAUAAGUGGCUCUUCAGGCAUGGUUCUUGCCCAUUAUGCAGAAGGGAUCUGUAAUUUUGUAUAUGCAUAGCACAGCCCGUUAAAAUCUAUUUUUUUUGCUUUUGUUAAUAUGCUUAUUUAAUUCUAGGACUUACACUCGGUUACAUCUAGUUGGAGCCAUGCAGUUUGAGUGGUAUCAUUGUACUAAAGUAGUGUAAAGAAAAUUUUGAGCUAAAACAGUUUCCCCCUGUAUAUGGAUGA